AUGUUCACCUACUUGGCUCAGUAUUCACCACAUCUGUCGGAGAAAACUGCGAUCCUGAGAGAAGAUACCCGCUGGAAUUGGUGUCCGGAACACGAAGCUGCAUUUACCGAAAUGAAGAAUAUCAUAACGCAAGUUCCAGGUCCAGUUCUGAAGUACUACGAUACCGGUAAACAUGGCACAGUACAACUAGAUGCUUCCCAGUCAGGGCUAGAAGCAGUGCUUCUACAAGAUGGGAAACCUGUGACAUAUGCUUCGAAAGCAUUAACUCCAACCCAGCAAGCAUAUGUUCAAUUAGAGAAAGAAGCAUUAGCGUUAGUCUUUGGAUGCGAGAAGUUCCACCACUACCUCCUUGCCACCCCAUUGAGAGUUCAGAGAAUGCGAAUCCGUCUACAGAAGCAUAACGUGACCGUUAAAUAUAAACCUGGAAAGGACAUUCCAGUUGCGGGCACACUAUCGCGGAGUGGUGCCUGUGAAGAGAAACCAUCGGAAGAUCAAGAUUUAGAAUCUUACGUUGGAAGUAUCGUAAAGGAAAUGCCCGUUUCUGAUGGCAAAAUGGAAGAAAUACGAGAUUCUACGAAGCGUGAUGAAGAGUUAUAA